AGUUUUCCCGAAGUCGAACGCCUGGCGCGCCGAGAGGGCCUGAAUGGAACCCUCUGGGAGCUAUCCAUGCGCCACAAGCUCUGCAUCUUCAGUUCAGAGGAAGCCGUCUUUCACUGCGGGCAGAUAAUGCGAUUUAUUCGCGCCAUGCCCUCUGAUCGUCGACCUUGCUGGUGGUCGGCUGCCGUGUAUCGCGCCACCUUGAUUCUGUGGGCGAAUACUGUCACGACGCUGAACCCCACGUUGCCAACAGCGCUGCAGGUGCGGAAUAGUUCGUCCUCUCCCGUGUCUUCAAAUGUGGACGAGGAGCGGCGACAGGAAAGCACGGCACCCAAAGACCAUAGUUUGGUGGAUGCAAGCAUCAUCAUUGACCAGGUCACACCGGAGGACCCCUGCCUGAUCAGAUAUCUCUGGAGCGGAGGCAAGGGCAUCAUCAUGGUGACCCGUCGAGACGGCCGCACUGUCGGGCUUGAGAGUCCAGCCGACGUUCUCAACUACGGCAUUGGUGUCGUUGACGAGGGUUUCACCAGCCGCAUCGGCGACGGCAUCAAACGCAAGUUGGCGUCACUAAACACAUACUGGAGGGUUGAAGCGCCUGAUAUUCCUGUUGCGCCGGGCAUGGCAUGAGUUUCUUUUGGACACUUUUACCGUUGGCUUUACUUACUUUCACAAACACCUCUCGAUCCUUGUUUUUCCACAUUCGCUUGACAGAGCUCAUACCGCUUGACAGUCAUGAGGAGUACCCAUAUGAUUUCCUUCUUCUCUCCUUCUGAGGCACUCAGGCAAGGAGGAAAAUGGCGUUGCUGCCGUAUCUCUUGGUGGAGGAGAGGCACCUCAUGACCAGCACCAGGCAUAUGAUAGGCAUGGAAAGGAGGAGACACACAGGCGUACAGCCAUCGAGGUCUGCUAGGCAGUGAAUACCAAAGUGUAUCGAUC